AUGGAAACUAAAGAUAAGCCACUUGGCUCCUCCUUGGAGUUAGAGAUUUUAUUACGUAAACCACCAGCUCUUCCUAAUAAGAUAGACCUGAUUAAAGUUUCCAAUAUCAUGGGUGUUGAUCCAAAACCUUUUGAUACUAAAACAUACGAGGAAGAGGACACCUUUGUAAUUGACGAACUUGGAAACAAGAAGCGCAUACGCUUGGAAAACAAUAUUAAAAUUUACAUGUUGAAUGUGCAAUAUGGCAUCUUAGUUUCAGCUGCGCUACAUAAUUUAUUUUGUAGUAAAAAAUAUUGUUCACGGUCAUGUGAAAGCAAUGCUCGUUUUGUAAGGUGGUCUGAUGACUAUGUGUACUUGCUUACAGGGAAUCCAGCAAUCACAAGGAAGGUUAUUGAAGAAAGUGAAAUUUAUGCCAUCUUCCUUGUCCUUGAAUUCUCAUCGGUUGUUGACUCAAGGCAAAGGAAGGUAUAUAAGGUUAAAAACUGUGCUAUAGACAUUGAUCCUGAGAGGGAAAAAGAGGAAAAGGAAAAGGACGAUGAAGCAGAUUAUUAUAAUUCUCGUCGUAAACGUCACUUUGAGGAUGAGUUGGAAGUAGGGCUGUUCAUGGAAAUGAAGCAUAAGAGUCUAGAUUUAAAGGGUAAGGUCAAAAGGAAGGGGUUUGAAUCUGAUGAAAAAUCUCCUCCUAGAAAACCAUCAACCAAUCGGCGAAUGACUGUUAUGUCUGACAGUGAUGAUGAUUGA